UUGUGAUCACUAGGGGGCAGUGUUAACGCCACAUACGCCUGCAGUGCCGCAAACGAAGGGAGGAAGAACAGUUCGAGGGGUUGACCAGAAAGACUGGCGAGGGUCUCGGAUCGCCGUUCCAGUCAAAUCGGGACCCAGCGUGACGGAGAGGCGACCCGCCGGAUGCGUCAUGGAAUGUAUUCCAGCUGCUCUUGAUGAUUUGGAGGGCCAAAAGGAGGCACUAGCAGAGGACCAAGAACACAAUGUGUACACUAGAUUUAUGAAGUCUCAUCGGUGCUACGACCUGGUACCGACCAGCUCCAAAUUGGUGGUCUUCGACACAUCGCUUCAGGUCAAGAAGGCAUUUUUUGCACUUGUGUCCAAUGGGGUGAGGGCGGCACCUCUGUGGGACAGUAACAAGCAGUGCUUCGUUGGUAUGCUAACAAUCACCGACUUUAUCAACAUCCUCCAUCGCUAUUACAAGUCUCCUCUGGUGCAGAUUUAUGAGCUGGAGGAACACAAGAUCGAGACGUGGCGAGACAUAUACCUUCAAGACUCUUUCAAACCCCUAGUCAGCAUAUCUCCCAGCGCCAGUUUAUAUGAUGCAGUAUCUUCUCUGUUGAAGAACAAGAUCCACAGAUUGCCAGUGAUUGACCCCUUGACAGGGAACACACUCUAUAUCCUCACGCACAAGAGGAUCCUCAAAUUCCUCAAGCUUUUUAUAUCGGAGAUGCCAAAGCCUGCCUUCCUAGGCCAGACUUUAGAGGAGCUGAACAUUGGAACAUUCCGUAACAUAGCCGUGGUGCGUUCGGACACGCCGCUCUACACGGCGCUGGGCAUCUUCGUCGAGCAGCGAGUGUCGGCUCUGCCGGUUGUGGAUGACAACGGUCGGGUCGUUGACAUUUACUCCAAGUUUGACGUCAUAAAUCUAGCAGCAGAGAAAACCUACAACAACCUGGACAUAACGGUGACCAAAGCCCUGCAGCACCGCUCUCAGUAUUUUGAAGGAGUGCUGACCUGCCACAGACACGAGACACUGGAGGCCAUCAUCAACAGACUGGUUGAGGCUGAGGUGCACAGGCUUGUGGUGGUGGACGAGCAGGAGGUGGUGAGGGGCAUAGUCUCCCUCUCAGACAUCCUACAGGCCCUAGUGCUCACUAAUGGAGACGAUGUCCAGCAACUGAAUUCAGCAAUACGACAACGGUAGUAAGGGACACGCAGGAGCUGCCUUGACUGAAGCCAUAAUCUGAGCCACACAGAAGACCCAGCAAAGACCCAAGAGCACGACGGCCGCCCAGUAUGGCUCAUCACCGUUCUCCACCCCGCGGCUGUUGCAGCGUGGUGCUGACCCAUACCGAGGAAGAGCAGCCGUCGGUCAGACGAACCCUUUCUAGCAGAGAUUGACUUGUUAUUCGUGGCAGCCGACAGCAGAGAGAAGAGUGACUUGCCAGCAGUGCUGUUUCCAGGCAGCAUACCUUUUAUAUUUCGCUACAGAGCUGAGCUGUAGACGGCCGCCAUCGAAGGAUUAUGUUCAUAAGCACAGUGUGUGGCGCGUGUUGCAAUAUGAUCCAGGCGUGUUAUGUGUCGUGACGAUCCAGCGUGAAGUCUUGACUGAGAGGGAUCUAACGUCGCAUCUCACUUUAGGUCUCCCAAGCCUCGUGGACUAAAUUGGCACAGACGGGUGUCUGUGGUGUUACAGACGUCCAUAACUGUGCCGUAUUCCCUUUUCUAAUGCACAACCAUUGGAUAUUUAUGGUUUAUUAUUUGCUAGUUGUGAUGUUCCCUCAUGUAUGAAUUGUACCAUUAUCACUUAUUUAGAUUUUAAAUUGCUUUCACCAUCCGGUUUUUUCUUCCCAGCAUCUUCGGGGGAGUGGAGGUUGCCAGGUGGUGCAACACGCUCGGGGCGCGUGUGUGUGGGGGUUAUGUAGUAGGGUAUUCUGGGUAUCCAUCACCAUUAAAGGGAUUUGCUCUUCGUUGCUUUGGUUAUAAUAUUUUGCUAGCAAGUAAGGUGUCACUUAAAAUAUACCAAUAGUCAAAUUCACAAAGUUGUCAUGUUCUGUUUUCUAUGUAUUUUUUAAAGAUUUUCACAGCAUUUACUUUGGAGUGACGAGUCACGUGUUCGGCCAGGCGCUUCGCCGCAGCGCUCGCUGAGUCUGCCUUAAGUCGGGGCUGUUAUCGCGAGCCGCUCAGCGCGCGCACUUCCUCCUCUUUCCAUUUCCUGCGAGGGCGCGCCCGUCUGAAGGCAGCUUCCUGUCACUCAGCGCGUGUUGUUUGGGUUUCGAACCUGACUCCCGUCAUGGGUGUAAUGAUAACACGUGCGACUGUCCGUAACUGCUGGUGUUUUCUACUAAUCCGACUUGAGAUUAUAUAAGGGAUACACAAUAAAUAUUCUUUA